UACAACAUUUUUGUUUUGAAGAUAUUUAAAAUCUCUUCCAACCUAUUUUUAACUAAAUCUUUAAUGUAUUUAUGCAUUCUAUAGAUUUAUUUUUGAAACAUUACCUGGAUUACACAAAAAAAUGCGUCUAUUGUCUUCCUGUACGGCUUCGUAAUUCCUGUAUAUUAGAUUACCGCGGCUACUUCGCGGUGGGUAUCGUCAUAAACAGUUAGUACUUUCGCGACCGUGGUUAAAAUCGUUUCUUUAAAAACAGUGUGUGUUUGAAAAAAUUAAUUAAGGAUUCGAGAGGUGGACUUAUUACUUCUCAAAUAUGGCUAAUAAAGUGCCUGCGAUAAAUAUUAUGCCUGAAGUAGAAGAAGAAGAAGACGACGAUGAUAACAACUUGAUGAGUUUAAUGGAUGCACUGACGGAUGUUGAGGAUUUGGACGAUGUUCAACCUAAGCGAACUAGACCAAAACUUUUAAUUAAAUUACCUCGAAAUGAUUGUGAGGCAUUAACUGAUGUUGAAGAUAUAGAAGGUUCUGAUAUUGAAGACGAACCUAGGCUCGCUAAACAUUCUAGACCGAUCAAUUUAGAUAAUGUUUUAGACGAUUAUGGAUAUAUACAUGAAUCUUGCGAUAUGGAUAGUAGAGGUGUUAAAGCGAAGUUGCAUUCUCAAAAAUCAUUACCUGUAUCUAAUAAACGUUUAUGUAAAAUUGAAGAAGAUUUAACAGAUAUUGAGUAUUUCUCUGGAGAUGAUGAAACACCUCGAUCAUACAUCAAAGAUUCUGUAUUACCACGUUGUUUUGAAACUUAUGAUACUGUAUCAACUAAGGAUUCCAUCAAAUAUGAUACGAUUGUUGGAGCGUCACCUUCACGAUCUCCAAUACAAACUAAGCAAAAACAGAAAGGAGAAACGAUGAGACUUUCAGCGUCUAUGCCACAAAUGUGCGACCUUACUGAUGUUGAAAUGUUAGAAUCAGAAUAUGAAAGCGAUGAAUCUUUUAAGCCAAAGUCAAAAAAGAAUAAGAAACGGCGUGGAAAAAAAGCACCAGUAAGCAUUGAUAAAGGUCGCACUGCAUCUGAUCAAGAUUGCAAAAUUUAUUCAACUUGUAACUAUUUAGAACCAAAACCUUCAACUAGUAGAAAAUGUAAGAAAUCUCAAAUUGAAAUGGAUCCAGUUACUGAUGUAGAAGAAUUAAAUGUUAGUCCUAAAAGAAAUCAAAAGUUGUUUUAUAGAAACGCUUCCCCUAAACGCUUCCAAGUAAAACAAUCAACUCAACUUCCAACGCAAGGUUCAUCGAAAAAGAGGCAAGCUUUUUCAAAACAAAUAGAACCACGCCAUGAAAGUUCAGAUUCAGAUUCAGACGAAAAUAAAUAUCAAUCAAAAAAAAGUAUAAGAACACAGAAUUUGUUUGUAUCAAAAAUAAAUAAAAAAAUAACUUCUUGUCCUACUGACAUUGAAGAUUUCGAAUCGUCUGAUGAUGAAAGUUACAAACACGGAAACUAUUUAAAAUUGCCCGAAAAAUAUGUAAGCGCUGAUCUAACCGAUGAAGAAUUUUUAGACGCUGAAAAUUACGUCGACACAAUUCCUGAAAUUAUAUUACAAGCCUCUAAACGAGAAUUAAUUCGUAUUAAAGAAAUUGCUAACAAUGCACCUACAGUUUUAAUUACUCCGUUAACCGAAGAUAUUAAUAUUGGACUUAACUUUUCAUCUGUAGAAUCAACUGAUGUUGAAAGUUUAUCAGGGGAUGAGAGUUUACUUGCUGAACUUCCUGAUAUACCAACUUCAUCUAUAGAAUUAGAAAGUGGGAAUGUUGAGGAACACGAAUCUUUAGUUGGGGGAAGAUCUGAACAACAUUUAAGACCACCCUCACCGCAAAUGCAAGAAAUUCUCACCGACACAGAAGAUCUUGUAGUAGAUGGUAGAAGCAAUCUUUUGAUGAUUUCUAAUCCGCAUAAUCAUGGAGGGUUAACCGAUACUGAGGAUUUAUAUCUCAGCGAUCAGGACAGUAGGAGAAUGAAGAAGUCAGCAUCACCUAUAAGCUUUAGAGAUGAUUUAACUGACAUAGAACAAUUUGAAGCAUCUGAUGAUGAUAGAAGUGAUGUUAAUGUUACUGUUAAUAACAGGGAAAGAUGCUCUACUCCUCUUCACCUCAGAGAAAUUGGUGGUGAUACUGUUGUUAUGAGAGAAGGUCAUGGACCGUUUGGAAAACACGAAAGAAAAGUAAUGAAUAAAACAGUAAAAAAAAUGAAGGCUUAUUUAAGUGUCGACGCUGAUAGUGACGAUAUAGUUACGUCUUGCGACGAUGAAUCUCGAUCCCCUACUCCAGUUCAAAUUUUUAAAUCGGUCAAAAAUAACAAACCUAAAGUAAUGUAUUUGAAAGGUGGAAAUUUUUCCCAAAAUCUUGUAGACAUGGAAGAUUUUCCCGACGCAGAAGACGAUGAGGGAAGAGGGCUAAGGGAAGGUAAUAAAUACGUAAUUGCUAGGUGUGUUAAAUCCGUAAAAAAGUACAAAGUUAUGUUGCUAGCAAAGGUAAAAUCGCGUAAAAAUAGUUUUGCAUUUUUGACAAUGUAUUAUUUGAAUUACGGUUAUGAAUUUCCUAUUAACGCGGAGUGCAAAUUUCUUGGGAGGCAUAGAAAACUUCCGGAGAGUAUUGCUAAGUUGGUUAGUAAAUUUGAAUCAUUAGGCGAUUACCAGAGUCACAGCUACCAAAAUCCAAUGGCCAGAUUUUUAAGGGUAAAGUCUAAUUGUGGUUUUAUGUGUGGAUCAAUAAAGGAAAAAUGUUACAAUCAACUUACAGGUAAACUUUGAGUGAAUCUUUUAGUAUUAGGGUGUGUUGUAGUAGCAUAUAUUUAGUUAUAAUUAAAUGCUUUAAAUAAUAUCUGAUAAAAAUAUGGUUUAUACAAUGUGAUU